CGAGGAAACCUGCCGGGGGAAAUUGGAAGGUUUUGAUUUUGAAACAAGGCUUUCAGAUAAAACAUUUUAGUUUGUUACAAUGAUUUUGCUGGAGAUAAACAACCGGAUUGUGGAGGAAACGCUAUCGCUUAAGUUCGAAAGCGCAUCCAACGGGAACAAGCCUGAAGCUGUAGAAGUCACUUUCGCUGAUUUCGAUGGAGUACUAUACCACAUCUCUAAUCCAAAUGGAGACAAGACCAAGGUGAUGGUUAGCAUCUCGCUAAAGUUCUACAAAGAACUACAGGACCAUGGAGCUGAUGAGUUGUUGAAGAGAGUGUAUGGAAAUUUCCUGGUGUCUCCUGAGGAUGGUUAUAACGUCUCUCUGCUCUACGACCUGGAGUCCAUUCCCCCGAACAAAGAAGAGGUCGUCCACCAGGCAGGCAUGCUGAAGAGAAACUGCUUCGCCUCUGUCUUUGAGAAGUAUUUCAAGUUUCAGGAGGAGGGGCGUGAGGGGGAGAAGAGAGCUGUCAUUCAUUACAGAGAUGACGAAUCCAUGUAUCUGGAGGCGAAGAAAGAUCGAGUCACUGUGGUCUUCAGCACUGUGUUUAAGGAUGACGAUGAUGUUAUCAUCGGAAAAGUGUUUAUGCAGGAGUUUAAAGAGGGUCGUCGUGCCAGUCACACCGCCCCCCAGGUCCUCUUCAGCCACAGAGAGCCCCCUCUGGAACUCAAAGACACGGACGCCGCUGUCGGAGACAACAUCGGCUACAUCACCUUCGUCCUGUUCCCACGCCACACCAGUGCAAAUGCCAGAGACAACACCAUCAACCUUAUCCACACCUUCCGCGACUACCUGCAUUAUCACAUCAAGUGCUCCAAGGCCUAUAUCCACACUCGCAUGAGAGCCAAAACAUCGGACUUUCUCAAAGUUCUGAACCGAGCCCGUCCAGACGCUGAGAAGAAGGAGAUGAAGACGAUCUCGGGUAAGACCUUUUCUCGCUGAGGACAAGGGAUGACUUGACCACACACAGGGAAACGAGACACACACACACACACACACCGCAGCAGUGUGUAGAUUACUCUCCUCAUGGAAUCAGAUGCUUUCUCUCUCUCUCUCUCUCUCUCUCUCUCUCUCUCUCUGGCCAGUGCUUUUCAGUCCUCUAACAGAAAUCUGCACUUCAUCAGGGAGGACCAAGCAAAUCCCUCGCUUAUUUCCAUAGGAUAAAUAUUUGAUUUGUGUUUAUAAAAAAAGGAUUUUUGAUACUCUUCUGAUCUUUUAGCCCAUUGGACAAAUGGUACUAUUGUCUGUUACGCUCUUGUGUAUUUGGAUGAUGUUUGUUGGAAGAAAAAAAAUAUGCAGUAUUUACACAUCUCUGUGAUCUUUAUGAGAAUAAACCAGGCCUGUGUAAA